AUGUCGGGCUCAGAGAUAACGGAGCUGCACCCUGCGGCACAAGUGCAGAAAUGGAAGCUGAAGUUACGAGGAUGGCUUUGGAAUCCGGACACGAGGCCCAGCGAGGCCCGAAGAAUCUGCAAGGCAUUGCUUGAAAGUGGUCACCUUGAGACGCUGCCGGAGUAUUCGGAUAUCCUGGCCGCAGUGGGGGCCCGGAGGAACACAGCGCUGAGAGUCCUGGGCAAUGCUGCGCAGUGGGAGCAUGCUUUGGAAUUGCUUGCUUCGGCUGCUGCCUCUGGAGUGAAGCCGAAUGUCGAAUCGCUCCAUCACACUUUGACAGCUCUGGGCGAAGGCGGGCAGUGGCAGGCUGCCCUGUCUCAUUUAUGCGCGGCAGCGGAGAGCGAGUUCAACAAACCGGACGUGUCGUGCUAUGGUGCUGCCAUUAAAGCCCUCAGCAGCAGCGGGGAGCAUCAUCAGACAUUGUGGUUGUUACAUGAUGUGGAAACCGUUCAGCUACGGCCUGAUACGCAGGCCUAUGCUGCUGCGAUUCUUUCCUGUGCUGAGCUAGGUGAGUGGCACCGGGCACUGGCCUUCCUGGACUACAUGCCUCAGGUCGGGCUGAGCCCCAGCUCCUUCUGCACUGUGCAUGCUAUGCAAGCAUGUGCCAACUGCGGACAAUGGGAGAAGGUCCUCUCUCUUUUUGACGAAAUGCAGGACUCUGGGCUGACAAGGCCCGUCAAAGCCUUUGGCUUGUCCCUCGAAGUCUGCAAAGCAACCGGCAACUGGGAACGCGCGCUGCUCAUCUUCGAGGAGUUCAUUGGCAAAGGUGGCAUCUUAGAGGAGGACCUGGUGGAACCCCUCUUGAAGACUUGCCUUGCCUGUAAUCAACAGGAGAGAGUGCGAGAGUUCUUGAUGCCUAGCUGCAGCCAAGCACAGAUUUGCGAAGAUCGAGUGGGACAAACUCGGGUUCCUCCCCAGCUAUUCCUUGAGCAGAUACGUGGCCGACAAUUCCUGAGAGCACAUCUUCAAGGGCCGUCUGGCUACGUGAAGUUUGUGCCCGACUCGACGAGUUUGACCGAAGUCCUGCACCAGCCGCAGACCUCAGGGCAGACAGGCCUUCUCAACAUGUACUGCUUCAAUGAGGGAAUCGUCACCUUGAGACCGGCGGCUGCACUGGCUGAGGAGGACAAGGCUGCCUGCAUCCUCCGGCCGCCCCACAGCCCCGAGCGCUUCGAAGCCCUCGGCGCGGCGCUGCGCCGAGGCCGCCUUGUCUCUUUUCCCACGGAGACGGUGUAUGGCUUGGGAGCCAACGGUUUGGACCCGGAUGCGGUGCUGCAGAUCUUCGAAGCGAAGGGCAGGCCACUGACAGAUCCCUGCAUCCUACACGUGUCCAAGGCUGCAGAUGCGCAUGCGCUUCUGGACCUGGAUCCGGGUGCCAGGGCAGUCUUUGAUGUGCUCACGAAGGAGUUCUGGCCGGGACCCCUCAGCAUUGUGGGCCCUGCUCGCCCAGUGGUUCCUCCGCAGGUCACGGCCAGCACUGGCUUCGUGGCGGUGCGCUGCCCGUCCCAUCCCCUUGCAAGGCAGUUGGUCGAAGCCGCCGGUAAACCACUGGCAGCGCCUUCUGCGAAUCGCUUCGGCCAUAUUUCGCCGACGCUUCCCGACCACGUGCUGCAGGACUUACAGCACGUGCCCUUCCUUCAGAUCCUCGAUGGCGGACCCUGCAAUGUUGGCAUUGAGUCAACCGUGGUGAAGCUUGACCUGGCAAGUUCUGCGAAAUCACUGCUGCUCUUGCGGCAAGGCGGCUUACCGCGCGAGCGGUUGGAGUCCUAUCUGGCGGAGUGCUUUCAACGCGGAGAGCUUCAGGAAAGCAUCUCCGUGGUGUCCAUAGCACGAAAGCCGAGGUCGGACCCAGUGGUCAAGCCUGAUGACGAGGCGCAAAUGGCACCUGGCAUGCUCCUGAAGCAUUAUGCACCAUCUGUGCACACCGUGCUUCUCUCACCCAGCUCUUUGUACGAUGGCGGGCUGGAAAUACCCAGCCCGCCACAUCGAAGCGUGCUGAUUGACUUUGGCGGAAGACAAGCGGAUCACCACGGGCUCUUCCUGAAGGUUUACGAGCUCUGUGAGAAGGAUGGAGCAGCUGGCAAAGGGACAGCUGAGGACGCCUGCAGGCAUGUUUUCGCCACUCUGCGAGCUGCGGAAGCGUAUGCAAUUGCGGAGAAGGCGGAGCUCAUCUGCGUUGCAGAUUUCGAUCCGGAAGGCUUGGGAGGAUACGCUGAGGCUUUGCACGACAGGUUGUUUCGAUCUGCUUCGGGCAAGCGUGCCGUGCUGCGUAAGUCCUCAGUUUCUCCCGACAACUCCUUCAGACUCUGGUCACCGGGAGACCUUGGAAAGUGGCUGGUCGAACACACGCCUCCAGGUAUGAACUUCGACCAGGUUAUGGACAACUUCUGUGGGACAGUUGCAGCUGGAUGCGUUGCAUCAUAUGUCCUGGGGCUGGGCGACCGGCACUUGGAGAACAUCUGCAUCACAAAGCAGGGCCAGUUUUUCCAUAUCGAUUUCGGAUACUUCCUUGGAGAGGACCCGAAGCCUUUUGCACCGCAGGUCAGGCUUCCGGCCCAAGUCGCACAAGCUCUUCUCGCUUCGAAGCGUAUCCACCAACUCUACACCUUGACCAGGCGGGCUUACCUGGCCUUGCGGCCAUUUGGCACUUUGUUCGCCGGGCUCCUGAACUUGGAGGUCGACAACGGCCAAAGGUACGGCCGGCUUGCCAAGGAUGCCGAGACUGCCAUCGCAGGG